UUCUCUGACUGACAUUCGGUCAUCGGUUCGGUUCGGUGUGUGUAGUGUGCGUUGUAAACAUGUGCUUGGCUCGAAAGGCAGUCGACUAAAUUUUUAGUGCGAUUUUCCUGAAAUUUUGUGUUAUUUUUGCCGAUAAUUGGCGACAAUUUUUGACUAAUCGUGGUCCUGCAGUGGACGGUGUCAAUAGUAACUAGUUUCAAUCAACGUACACAUUAAUCAUCAUGAGCUUCCGCGGACGAGGAGGUGGUGGUGGCUUCGGCGGUAGAGGAGGUGGCGGUGGAGGCUUCGGCGGCGGUCGUGGUGGAGGCGGAGGCGGUGGAUUCCGAGGUGGCCGCGGAGGAGGUGGUCGUGGUGGUGGCGGCGGAGGCCGUGGCGGUUUCGGCAAUCGCGGUGGAUUCGGAAACCGAGACGAUGGACCAAAGAACAUCGUUCCUCUAGGGUACUACGACUACCCUUGCCAGGAGGAUUUGGUGGCCAAGGUGGAGAUUGAAAACGUUCCCUUCUUCAAUGCGCCCAUCUACAUGGAGGGUGAGAAACAGAUUGGCAAGGUGGACGAGAUUUUCGGCCAUCUGAGGGACUUCUACGUGUCGAUCAAACUGAUGGAAAACAUGAAACCGGAUGGGUUCCAAGCAAAGCAGAAACUGUUCAUUGACUCUGCCAAGCUGCUGCCUCUGGCGAGGUUCCUGCCCGAUAACAAUAAGAAGCCAGGUGGCCGCGUGGGCAAACCUGGUGGUGGUAGAGGAGGCGGCCGAGGGGGUGGCGGCUUCCGAGGUGGUCGCGGUGGACCAGGUGGUGGCCGUGGAGGUGGCGGAUUCGGCGGUCGGGGAGGCGGUGGUGGACGAGGAGGAGGCGGUGGAUUCCGGGGUAACCGUGGAGGUGGCGGCGGCGGUGGCAAACGGUGGUAAGAAGACGACUACGACGAUCAUUUUUCUCCAUACGUUUUUUUUUUUUGGUGGAUUUCUGUAACACCUCAGAUGAUGUUCAAUACAACUCCUAUUUUGUAAGAUAGUUUAUAAGCGAA